AUAAAGAUUCAUGCUAUUCAGUCUUCAGAGGAGGAUUAGUGAUAGAAAAUGGAAGAAAUUUGUAGAGAUACUGCAACAACAUCAAUUGUGAACCUGCCAGAUGAUUGCCUAUUUCAUAUAUUUCAAGGGUUAGAUACCUCUAUUGAUCGUGACUCUUUCGGUUUAACUUGUCAUCGAUGGCUUCAUAUUCAAAACAAAAGUCGCCGAUCAUUGCAAUUUAAUUCUUCUUUAACCCAAUAUACUCGGUCCACGGUAGCGCAAAGAAGACCCAACAUUAGUUCAUUCAAUGUCUGUAAGCUGCUCACUCGUUUCCAACAACUCAGUUCAUUAUCCCUUUCAGGUUGUUCUGAGUUACCUGAUUCAAGCGUAUCCCAACUGCAGUUCUUCGGUUCUAACUUGCAAACCAUAAACUUAGACUGUUGUUUUAGGAUCUCAGAUACUGGAUUCUGUUUAAUAGCUUCAGGAUGUCCCAAUUUAAAGUCAAUUGGACUUUACAGGUGUAAUAUUACUGACAUUGGUUUGAGAGCUGUUGCUAAAUCUUGUCCAUCCUUACAAAAGGUGAACCUAUCAUACUGCACAAGUAUCUCGGAUCACGGAAUUGGAUUUCUCUCACAAGAAUGUCGUCAACUUCGUUCUGUUCUGAUUUCACAUUGCAGAUCAGUAACUGGUACUGGUUUUAUUGGGUGUUCUGAAACUCUAAUUCAUGUUGAAGCUGAUUCAUGUAAACUUGAACCAGAUGGGAUAUCAGGCCUUGUUAGUGGAGGUGGACUUGAAUAUCUGAAUCUGUCAGAUUUAUCUUGGUGUAUUCAUGGGGAUGGAUUGGCCAGAAUUGGACAAGGAUCAUCUGUGAAUCUUCGAGUUCUUAAUCUGCGAAUGUGUAGAAAUGCAACUGAUGAAGCAAUUAUGAUGAUUUCUAAAGGAUGCCCAGCAUUACAAGAAUGGAGCCUUGCAUUCUGUCAUGGGAUCACACUUACUGGAUGGGUGACUAUAGGUUCAAAUUGCCAUAACCUAGAGGUACUUCACGUGAACCGAUGCCGUAAUUUUUGUGACCUUGGAUUGCAGGCUUUGCGUGACGGGUGCAAACGUCUUUCGAGAUUACACAUGAAUCAUUGUAGUCUUGUUACCCAGUUGGCAAUAGAGUCGUUCAAGUGCAGACGUGGUAGUGUGGACAUCAGGGAAGAAGAACUAGUAUAUAUUUCUGGUUUUCCCCAUUUAAACUUCACUUAAGAAGAGGCAAGGAUACCCUAUGAAUUUGUGUUCAACGUUUGGAAGGGAUGAAACAAUUGUGAUAAUCAGAUCAUUUUAUUGGGUCAGGGUACAAGUUCAACACGGAUUCUUUUGGUAAAUUCAGUGCAGGUGUCAGGUUAUUUUUAGCCGGACAGUCUGCUUACUUUGCAUAAUUAAAUAACGCUCAUCAUCUUUCAAAGUGGCUUACUGAAGUUUGAGUCAGUAAGGUUCUGUAACCUAUUGAUGGGAGUAAAUGCAAUUUCACUAAUUUUGGUCAAGCGGAAGUGCUUUUUCCAAUUGUCAUUUCUCUCAGCAUUUUGCUACUGAUCUAUCUAAUAUUUUUUUGGUCCUAAUAAUUCUUUUUGGCGGCAUCAAAGCCUAGUCUUUGUUCAAUCAAAAUGCCUCUCAAAUGAUGUUACUGCAGAUUUGGGUUAGCCACAAUAUGACUUUCGUGCUUGUGUUUCAGGUUAGCCAUUUUCUGGUUUAAGCACCUGCUUUGAAACCCAAGGAUCUCGAGCUUGCAGUCUACGUGGCUGUAGAUUCUGGGGUUCCCUAUGCCUGGUUACAGCCAUUAACUGUCUAAGGUUCCAGGUUUCAAUUGCUCUUGCACCCUAACUGCUCUCUAACUAGUACUUGGAGAGAAUUCUCCUGCAUAUCCAGUGGAAAUGACACAUUGGUCAUAUAUGUAGAAUUUGACUGAAAUAAUCGUUAAACGUUGAAACUUAUGGAACACAUAAAUUUAUAGAAGUACUAACAUUUUCAAUUCUUUCAA